AUAUAUUAUUUUCUGCUGCGUUUGAGCAACAAUACAGUCUACAACUGAGAAACUGUAGAAAUUACACGGUUUUAAGGUAAUAAUGUUCCUUGAUCUUCCUUUUUCUGUGUUUUAUGGUUAAAGGGUGUUUGGUUUUGUUUGCUAAGUUGAAGAUUUCUUCCAAAUAUGGUACUGGUUAUGCUUUCAGUUUGGGGGGAAGUUAACCAGUUGAGUUUUAUAUGAAAUGGGUAUCUCUGUUGUAGUCAUGAAAUUGUGUCAUGUGGCAAUUAGAAGGCUCUUAAUUGUUGGCGUGUUCGUUGCUGUGAUAGUUGUUUUCCAAUGUUGUUGGACAGCGUAUUAUUCUUUGUUGGAUGCUGGUGGGAGCUCAGUGGCUUUGCCAAUUAAAGUUUUCCUUUCUGGAACUUCGCAAAAGGAGGGUGUGUUUAGAUCCACAGCAGCAACCAAUGUCAUGUUUAAUGUUACUUUUGCCUCUCAUUCAAAAGAAUAUGCUUCUGAGAAAGAAGCUGAUUUGGAAUCUGAUGGGGGCACAAGUUCAAGAGAGGGUAGCAUCCCCAACAAGGGUUUUAAAGUGGCAAGUCAUCAUGAGGAUGCAAUUUACAGUUACACACAGAAAAGACCUAAGUAUGCUGAUUUGAGCACAUCUGAUAUGUUGCUUGCUGUGAAAAAACCUUCAAAUGAGAGUAUAAUACAAAGUGUGGAAAUGAAAUCUCAAAAUGAGAAUGCACAAGUGUUGAAAUCUCCUUUGUCCAAGUCAAAUAGUAAACCUAAGAUGGGUACUUCAUCAACGAGUAGUAAGUUGGUGUGGCCAACUUCAAUAACACAGAUGAACUCUUUGAUGCUUCAGAGCUUUAAUAGUUCUGCUUCUAUGAGGCCAAGGUGGUCUUCUCGACGGGACAGGGAACUCUUAUCUGCAAAACUAGAGAUUGAAAAUGCCCAUGUCAUGUCAAAUUCUUCAGGACUUUAUGCUUCUAUUUUCCGGGAUGUUUCCAAGUUUUCAAGGAGUUAUGAACUGAUGAAGCGCAAGCUCAAAGUUUUUAUCUAUAGAGAAGGAGCAAAACCAAUAUUCCAACAACCAAAGAUGAGAGGAAUUUAUGCCUCAGAGGGGUGGUUUAUGAAGUUGAUGGAAGGAAAUAAAAGGUUCAUUGUGAGGGAUCCCCAAAAAGCUCAUUUGUUUUACUUACCAUUCAGUUCACAAAUGCUAAGGGUUACUCUUUCUAACCGGAAACAGAUGAAGCAACAUCUUGAGAAAUAUGUGGAGCUAAUUGCAGGAAGAUAUUGUUUCUGGAACAGAACUGUUGGAGCAGAUCAUUUUCUUGUUGCUUGUCAUGAUUGGGUGUGCUUCCAAUGAAUAACUUCUAUUAGUAUUCAUGUAACAUUUUUACAGGAUGGUGCUGGUAAAUUUCUCUUUUAAGUUUGGCAUCCUUUUAGAAAAUGCUUUUAAGCAAACAACCAUAUAUCAAUUCAGAAAUUUGAUCAGAUCAUACUCAGCCACAUAUAGUUGAAUUGAUCAUAUACAUCACAAGGUGGCUCACGCACACAACUUGACAUGUGUACAAUUCAUUUUGAUCAGAGGACCUUGUUUUUAGAAUGAUGUGGCUAAGUUAUGCCAUUGUUGAAUA